AUGAAGGAGUUAGCAUCUUCUUCAUUUGAUCCAUACUCUUGGAGGAAUUUCUACUUUCAUGUUGAUCGAGAAGAAGCUACAAGAUUACUCUGCCAGUCUAGUUCAGAUCUAGGCACUUUUCUCAUUCGAGAUUCUACCACUCCUGGUAGUUACGCCUUAAGUGUUAGAGAAGAACUCUCUGGUGAUCAGCAAGUUCGUCAUUAUCUCAUUGAACCUGUUGAAGCUGAUAAUGGUAGAACACAUGUCAAAAUAGCUGACCAAUACUUUGUUGACAUUCCUGCAUUGUUGAACCAUUUCAAAAUGAGAAUAUUGGCUAAUGUAAGUUUGAUAUGUCCACUUCGGAAAGCUGCAAUUGCUAAGAUGAUAGCUUUGUAUUCCUUUGAAGGCCAGGAACCAACAGACCUUUCAUUUGAAAAAAAUGAAAUCCUUGAUAUAAUUGAAAAACCACAAGAAGAAUGGUGGGAAGCUCGUAAUGCACUGGGCAAUGUUGGUCUUGUACCUGGAAAUUAUUUAGUUCAUUUUGAUGAAAUUGUGCUACAAAGAGAUAGUCCUGAAUCUUCAGUAUCUUCGGAAAACCGUUUAAGUGGUGCAUCAGUCCUUAGUGACACCAAUGAUGAAGUUAUGAAUUCUGGAGCAACUAGCGAGACGCCACACAUGCCUACGUUGGCGCGUGUAAUAUUGGAUAGACGGCCGAAUGUAUAUGAUACAGAAGCACUGCGUCUCAAGAAAGGUGAUUUGCUGAAAGUAAUUAAAGUACAUGCAUCCGGUAUUUGCGAGGGAAUUUUGAAUGGCAAAAAGGGGACAUUCCCCUUUACUUAUGUAGAAUUCGUGGGUGAUGCAGGCACAGCAGCAACACCGACCCCUGUAUAA